AUGAGUUCCAGCGAAAUCCCCACAGGCAACGCUGUCGACAACGACUACAAGUCCCGCACCGGUCAGUCCGAAAUUCCCGUUCAGGCCGACGAGGCGUCCGUCGAGGCGACCGAGUACGACAACGGUGGUGAUUCCGACGCACAGUUAGCACGCGACGAGAAGGAUGCCAUUGAUGAGAGCAAUAUCCUUGACGAGCGCACACGCGGGGCCACCAAGAAGUCUGGCACCUACACCGAGCCUGGUGAUGAGGAGGGUCUUGGAGCCGCUGCUGAUGGCUCCGAUGAGCACGCAGCUCGCAUCAAAGCCACUAGACAACAUGUCUAUAUCUCUGGGCUGAAAGGCCACCACACACUCGAAACGGGGGUCGCGUACCACUACCGAGGACAUUUCAUCUACGCCUUUCCCGCAGGUAACCCCAUCGAGCCUGUUCCGUUCUCAACAAAAAAGGGCAUAAACAUUAUAGGAGUCGUCUAUGAUCAUGCGCCGCUUUACAACCACAAGGACCCAAAUCUUGUACUCGAACACAACAUCGCUGCCUUGGAGAGAUCAUGUGUUCACGAGCGAGAGCUCCAAGAGGAGCAGGAAGAGAUCAAGAAGCAAGAGAUGAAGAAGGCACUUGAAGAGGAGGAAGUCAGAAAGGCAGAGAAGGAGAAUGGGGGCGAGAGUAUAAUGGGCAGCGCAAAGGAUAGUGAUACUGCUGCGACACCCAAGGCACGCGCACAGGAGUCCUUACCCAGUCAAGUACCCUCACGUGUCCCAUCGUUCACAGCCCUGCUAGUCCCCUCGCAGGUGUCUCCAAACAUCAGUCCACGUACCGGCCCUCAUGCAUCUCCUCACGCUCGACCAGCACCCGGUCACCAAAGCUCUUCGUCAUCGACCAACAUUCCACGAAUCGGCGCCGUCGAAGCUCCUUCCACGCAAGCCUUCCCAUCAAUAAGCUACACACCCCACGACCGCGGCCACUACCUCGCAUACUCUGCUCCAGGAUCCCGCCAUGCAUCUGUAGACAACACGCCCUUCGUCUCACGCUCCGUCUCCCCAACCCAUCUACAUGGUCUCAGCGUGCGCGGUGGUCACAGUAAUGGCCAUGGCUCACUUCGACCCAUAGCGAGCACCUCGCGCUUAAACCAAUUACUCGCUGAAGAAGGGUUUCGUCGGUCUUCAAGUCCCCUUACAGACGUAACAGAAGAUGGUGGGCAGGGAGGUGAGCCGCCACACUGGGAAGAACAGGAUGAAGACAUGGUAGCCAACCUCUCCGUAUCACAAGGCUGGAUGGAUCCAGAUGACAUCUCUGCGUUUGUAGGAACUGUUUCACGGCGACCAUCUCCAUCUCAACCUUCCUCGCGCUCGCGGCCGUUGUCGAGGGUGAAUACCUGCAAUCCACGGCCCAACUCACACUCGCCCAAUAGUGAAGAGAUGACGGAGGGUGGGCUAUAUCUCCAUGGUCUGGGUCAUCCGGACGUAAUUCGUGAUGCCGUGUCUAAGGCUCAGACAAGGGAGUCUAGUCCGUUCCGCGUGCCGAACUAUCAGUCUGCAGAGAGCGCAGCGUAUUUGAGAGGUCUGGCGAUGAGGCAUUAUGAUAUGGUGAAUAUUGGGCUUGGAUUUGGGUCGAAUACAUCAGCCAGACAAGGGGGCAGUAGCUAUCCUGAGGCUUCGUCUACGAGGAGUCAGACUCCCAUCGGACACCCACCCACUGGUUUAUUCGGAAGUCCAGUCUUCGCGCCCUCGCAACACUGCGACACCACACCCGCGUUCACCUUCCCCGCUCCCAGACAACCAGAUUCUUUCCCCUUCCCCGCAUACAUCGACCCGGUCCCUUCCCCUAGCUACAUCGCCCACACGGACAAGAAGUCGAAGCCACUAAACACGGGCCGUCCACGCGCCGCUUCCAAAGCCCUGAAUGAAGCCUACAACGCCGCGAACCCAUCGCCAACGCCCCGUCCCGUUUUCCCUUCUCUCUCACACCCGCCUGACAAGCAUACUGAGAUCAACAACACCGCCACCGAUACCGAGGACGUGGUAUUCACAUCACGCUGUCCAAUCCACUCGGAGUCGUGCAACGGCCAGGAUGUGGUACAUGAACAUAUGACAGAGCGGGCUAGAAACGGUGCUGGGUUCAAAGACUUGUUUCCUACGGUUACGUGUGACGAUGGGAGGGUGAUGGUAGAUUGGGCAAGGAUGAGGGAUGAGGAGGUGGAAAAGCUGAGGGAGUGA